AUGACGGGUUCAGUAGAGAUGGAAGAUCCCCUUCGUCCAACUGAUGACACAUUCAAGGCUUUUUACGAGCGCGGGUACCGUGUUUGGUACACGCUAUGGAAAGGUGCAGCAGCGGCCGAGUGCUCCCUUUCAUCGAUGUGUCUGCGCAUGGAUCGGCCCCUGUUUCCCCAGCACCCCGUUUUCCCUGUCGGCGUAGACGCGGACGAAUUCGGCAUCGUGACGGCAAAGUCCAGUUGGAUCUCGGCCGGAGAUUGUGACCUAGCGGCAUUCGAGCAGACGUUCCAGGUCUCGGCUGCCGUCAAUAAGCCGACGUCGACAGCCAUUUCAGAUGACCCAGAAUUGGCGUUGGCAUGGUUCGGCAAAGACGAUGGACAUGCCGUCGUCUUGUUCCUUGCUUGGGCGUAUGCAUUAUCCGCCCGAUGGACGGACAUGAUUGGAAGGGCGUCUCCGAUGGAAUACACCACCAGCCAGGCGCCGUGGGCUCCAGCCAACCCAGAAACGCCCGGCGAAGCGACCGAUGAUCCCAAACCAUACAUGACGGUUGAGCUGGGGAGCAGCCUGACUAGCGAUGCGGCUCGAUGGUGGGCGGCCGUCCUUGCACCAGGAACUGGUUGGAAGGCGGCCAUACCACACGAGAGGUGGCAGCGACUUUCGCCUUGGAGCGUCACGCGAGAAGCCAACAACAACAUGACCAUCGUCCUGACUGGGCCUCAACCUCUUGGAGCGACUCACUUGUCUCCGCCGCCAGCGACGUUCGAAGCGGCGCUGCAGUACAUCGACGAUUACUCCACACUUCACAGGGCCGACACACAGAGCCGUGCCGCCCUUGCUGCCGCCCUACACCUCCCCCUUGCAAACUUCGAGCGUAGAACGGUUCUGCUCCACGCACCUCGAGGAGCCUGCGUUCGUCGCCGGGCAGAAAAGGCAGCACCGGAAGGCUCAGGCGACUUCAACGACCCCCUCGCCGACGACUCGACAAGCCCAUCAGCCACCCGCAAGAACCCAUGUCGCGCGGGCGACUCCCACAACCCCUCCCGCCUACGACACCAACUGGACAGACUCUUGACCUUGAGCGCCAACGCUACAGGCAUGAAGGCCAUGCUGGGGAGCGUUUUUUACGAGCCCGGCAUACCAGCCAACGCCUGCGGGGCAUGGCUACAGGGCACCAUGGCCGCCCUGAAGUCGAAUGGCGCGGCGGAUAACCUGACUAUCCUGGGUCGCAUGCUCUUUGACCGCAGCCCCCACAUAUCAUAUCUCUGGUUGGGCGGCAUCAUCACGGGAGCUCACAAGGCUUUCCUACGAAACACCCACGGCCUCCUCGGCCUGAACAGAAUCGACCUUCACGAGGCGGCGUGGACCGGCACUCUUCACUCCUUUGUCCAAGAGCCGACGGUCCCUCUCAACCCCGACUCGAGCUCCAUCACGCGAGCCGACGAGUGCCGGCUGAUGCUCCUGGCCCAAGAACCGCCUAGAGAAAAUCCGCCCAUGUAUCCCUACCCGCCCCUAGGGCACACCGCUAUCCAGGAUACCGACCUAGGUGUCCAGCUUCAUGCACACUGCCCAGGCCAGCAUCGUCUUCAGUUCUCAUCAAUCACAUGGAACUGCAUUGGCGGCAAGAAGCAAGUACAAACCGCUGGGCAUUCAUCUCUCGCACCCAGGGGCCCCGCAAUCGAUGACGGGCGGGUUGCAGAAGACGUUCCGGUCGAAAUCGACUACGCCUGGUUGGACCGAGAAGUGGACCUGUCCGAGGGCGUUACAAGGAGCCUUUUCACCUGGAUGAGAGAUAUGGAUGGGUUCGCUGUCGCGGAGCGAGACAUUUUGCGGCACGAAUGGAUCGAUGCCUUCGAUUCGUCUGAUGACGACGAAGCCGUCUGUCCCGAGGGUGACGGGUUCUCUCUGGAUGGUCUCGGUAAUGGUAGCGGGGGUCAGGUGGGAUGUUGGUUGACACGUGUGAUGACCGCGAGGCGGCGUAACUCGGUCUAG